AUGCCGUCGAUCUGGCGGCCGAACGUCAGAGUGACCCUCGACGAGUAUGGCGAAGUUGAGGACACGGAGAUGGGGGGAGAGGAGUUGACGAAGAAGGGCGUGAAGCGGAAGAGAGCCCCUCGCACAAAGGGGCCAUGCGAACACGGCGUGAAGUGGAGGUCGAACUGCAAGGUGUGCAGCGCUUGUCCGCACGGGAAGUGGCGCAGUCGGUGCAAGGAGUGCGGUGGUGCAUCAAUCUGCGAGCACGGCCGUCAGCGCCAUAGGUGCAAGGAGUGCGGGGGGUCUGAAGUCUGCGAGCACGGUCGUCAGCGCCACAGGUGCAAGGAGUGCGGUGGGUCUGGAAUCUGCGAGCACGGUCGUCAGCGCUCUACGUGCAAGGAGUGCGGUGGGGGUGGAAUUUGCGAGCACGGUCGUCGGCGCUCUCGGUGCAAGGAGUGCGGUGGGUCAUCAAUCUGCGAGCACGGCCGUAUGCGCUAUCAGUGCAAGGAGUGCGGUGGGGGUGGAAUUUGCGAGCACGGUCGUAUACGCUCUGAGUGCAAAGCGUGCGGCGGGGGCUCAAUUUGCGAGCACGGUCGUCGACGCUCUUACUGCAAGGAAUGCGGUGGGGGCUCAUUCUGCGAGCACGGUCGUCGGCGCUCUCAGUGCAAGGAAUGUCGCGCGGUGAAAAGUGAAACAUGA